AUGUUCAAAUCUGGCAAGGACCUCAGCUCGAGGCAGUUGCACAACUUGAUACCGCCUAAGAAGUUCCAGAGUAAUAGAAAGGCGCGUUACAUUCACCAGCCGAUGAACACGUUGUCCUCCAGUCCUGUUAAAUCGCCAGAGAUUUCCACUUUCAGUUCAUCACCCAGUCGACGCCCCGCAAAUGAGAGCCCUUUAAGGCCGAAGUCCAGUCAUCUGAAUCUCGCGGAAUCGGACACUGACUCCAUGGGAGUCAAAAAGGUGAUAAUACUAACAAGCAACCGCAUCACGAUUCGUGAUAAAAUGGAACUUUCAGUUUCUGAAACGGUACUUCUGAUAAAAAGCCCGGGACCAACGCAUUUUAAGUUGGAAAUUGCGCUUACUAUGAUGUCCCUGAUCCAGGUUGACAAUGUGCCAGGAGGAACCAACUUUGUGAUCACCACCAGGGCUCCCUGCAAUAUACAACUGACUGAUACGAGAGAGGUUUAUGCGGAGAGUUUCUGGAUCUUUGUUUCUGGAGAAGAUUUGCAUGAGGUGUCUAAGCUGUACAGUUUGUUCAAGAAGCAGCCGCGAUGCAAGUUCGAGUCUGUGUCUGGCCAUGAGCUGAAUGAGCGGUAUGGCACAAAGGAGAUAGCUCCCAUCUCAACAAAAGAUUUCUACGGCAAUACGACCGAAAGAUCUCCCCUGCAGAGUAGCGCAUUGUCUAGACGACUCACCAGGUCUAGUGCGCCUAAGGAUCUGUCCAUGACGGAACAGAUCCAACUCAUGGAUGAACCACAUACUCCAACCAAGCGAAACCGGUCAGAGAACCAACACGAGGACAUCCCUCUCAAAGAUCAGAUUGUGUUUGAGCCGUCAUUGAAAUUCAAGUUUGAUGACAAUUCUACCUUCACGAUAACGAACUCCGAUUUCAGUUGCCUCUAUAAUAACAACUGGAUUAACGAUGCUAUGAUAGAUUUCUUUUUGAAAUAUGACUUACAAAAGGUGAAGCAUCUCGAGAAAGAAAUAUCCAAGUACAAAGUGGAGCUUCUCAACAGUUUCUUCUAUACUCGUCUUAUCCAGGGCAACAAUGAGGACUGUUAUGAAAACGUGAAAAGUUGGUUUAAAAACAAGGAUGACCUAUUUUUGAAUGACCUCAUCGUGAUACCGAUUGUUCAUGAGUUUCACUGGCUCUGUGUGAUGGUAUCGGGAUUGAAUUCGUUAAUUCAGCCCAGUCAAGUCGAUGAAAUGCCAAAGGCCAAUUUCACUGUGCUGGACUCGCUCGGUGGUGACAGAUAUCCAUUCAUGCCACCGUUGAGAAGAUUCUUUGUCUCCUACGCCCAAGACAAGUAUGGAGUUGAGUUGAAUACGCGACAACUUAAAACAAGACGACUCCCUGUUCCGAAGCAGAGAAACUUCAACGAUUGUGGCAUUCAUGUAAUCUACAAUGUGAGGAGGAUCUUCUCUGACUACGAGCAGUAUUUGGGCCUCACCCGGAGGUCACCGAAGAAAAGCAGGCAGGUUGAUGGCAACUUCUUUCCGCGCGAUGAACUGAAGAUUUUGCGUUCUCGUUUGAGGUCCAGACUCGUGAACUUGCUCAAAGAACAAGUUCUUGCUGAGGGAGGUGAUGUGGAGAUGGUUGGCAAAGUUGCCCAUGAGAGGGGUUCAUUUCUGCCACAGGGUUCAGCUGCUCAAAAUGAGGACUAUGAUGAUGAAGAUGAUGACGACCUUCAGAUCAUAGAAGAACCCAGUUUUCGGGCCAUCUCAAGGGACAACACUAGCAAAUCUGAUUCUAAUGAUGCACCAUCCUCCCCAGAUACAAAAAUAGAUGCAACCAUUGCAAAUGACAUUACGCAAACUCCUCUCAAGACGUCCCCUCCACCAUUGCAUGAAAAAGAAGGCUUUUCUUCAGCUGUUAUGUCCCCUUCUCAUUCUUCAAUCUCUACGCAGGCCAAAGGUACUGUUGCAAUGCCUGAAUUUAAGCCAGAAGUGUCCGUUCUACAGUCUAGGCCGGAACAAAUUUCAGUAUCGGAAAAUGGAGUACCAGAAGAAGAUUCUCCAUCUCAAGAUGUAUUGACAAUCAAGUACAUUUCUCCCAACCCUCAAACUUCAAACACUGAUACAGUUGCUACUUAUGAUGGUUUGUCUUCGAAAAGACGGAAGCUCCGAAACAACAACCCCUUCGUAAUCCAAGAUAAGUGA